GAGCCACUGAAAUGCUGACAGUUCACACUCACACUCCCAAGUUUUAAAUCUUCAUAAAAACCUCAAUAAAUUUGAUGUAAUAAGUGUGAUCAAUCUCUCUCUAAAAUUUUAUCUCUCUAGAUAUUUUUGCUUAAUUAGGUUGAUUUUGAAGGUUAAUUAAUUGAGAAGAAAAUUAAAUUAUGUUUUUGCUGGAUUGGUUCUAUGGAGUGCUUGCAUCGUUGGGUUUGUGGCAGAAGGAAGCAAAGAUCUUGUUUUUAGGGCUUGACAAUGCCGGCAAAACAACGCUGCUUCACAUGUUGAAGGAUGAGAGACUGGUGCAGCAUCAGCCUACACAGUAUCCGACAUCGGAGGAGUUGAGCAUUGGGAAAAUUAAGUUCAAGGCUUUUGAUUUGGGAGGCCAUCAGAUUGCUCGUAGAGUCUGGAAAGAUUACUAUGCGAAGGUGGAUGCAGUUGUUUACCUGGUAGAUGCUUACGACAAGGAGAGAUUUGCCGAGUCAAAGAAGGAACUAGAUGCUCUUCUCUCCGAUGAAGCUUUGUCAGAUGUUCCAUUCCUUGUUCUGGGCAACAAAAUUGAUUUACCAUUAGCUGCCUCAGAAGAUGAGCUGCGAUACCACCUAGGACUUACCAGCUUCACCACUGGCAAGGGUAAGGUGAACUUGGUAGACUCAAACGUCCGCCCCCUUGAAGUAUUCAUGUGCAGCAUUGUCCGGAAAAUGGGCUAUGGAGACGGUUUCAAGUGGAUGUCUCAGUAUAUUAAGUAGGGAGGCAUAGGAAAUCACGGUCUACUCAGUUUAUAAUCACAAAUUCCAUUUAUACUGAAUUGUCUCAAACAUUUGUUCUUGAAUCAUCGAUAAAAGCAUUUCAGUUUUCAUAUUA